ACAUCACAUCUUGCCUGAGAUAACUUAGAAUUUCCUGUUCUACAGAACCUGUCACUGUGACGCAAGUCUAAUUAGUGAUGCAAUUGUUGUGCUUGGAUUAUUGUUUUACUGUCAAUGAUGCUUUGCCAUACACACCAUGCACGUGGGUUGAGAAAAGAGUAGUUAUUUUGUGUGAAUGUUUGAAUGGAUGCUUUCUCACUCGUUGAUGAAGCAAACAAUGGGUGACUCACGUCUGAAGUUUCCCCAUCGACACAUCACAACUGGGUGUGGUAUUUGAGCAUAUUUUUGUGGUCGUCAGCAAUCUCUUAAUCAGCACUGCAAAGAAACAGCUUGUGUGUGUGAGAGAGAAAUAUAAUGCAUCAAAAAAUUCGCAGAGCGUAUCAAAACCAUAAGAUUGCAUUGAGGAAUGAGGAUAUGAACUGCUUUCAUUCCCCAGGUCCACUUUUUAAAAAAAUAAUACAGUUUUUACACAUUUUGGGUUGGGUUGAGGUCCUUUUAAUUGGUUUCUUCUGAAACUUCUUCAGCUAUAUCACCAAUAAUCAGUAGUCAGUGUAUUAACAAGGCCAGAUAAGAUCUUUAAUCUGUCAAAUGCUUUUCAUCCCCAGUUCAACUGAAUAGUGGGUGUAACUGCAGGCGUGUCAGUGUGCUUGAAUACCCACCAAUCAUAACUACACUGAUCACAACCAGGCCAGCAAGUCUCCCAACGUGGACUCAGCAGUAGAGAGAGAAUUCUCAGUUAAGAUGGAGAGGAGGGAAAGUUGAGCCACCCUUGUUUCUCGGAAACCAAGAUGUGUCUUUUCACCAAAUAUUUAGAAAGAGGUUAUCAUUUCACGGAGUCUGUGAAGGAAGAAACCACAUGGAAAAAGCAGUAAGCUAGUGUUGUACACAGGAAUUCAGAGUCAAAGUGGACAAAGUGUCAGAAGCAGAAUCCGAACUGUCAAGAUGACCAAUUCUAGCCGCAGCCCCGGCUACUGCCCUCUCAUCCAGGCCAUGGUGAACGCCAGCGUACCCUCCAACUCCUCGGCUGAGGUGGGGGCUCUGAGCCUGGCCACGGUGUGUCUCCACGGCCUGGUCUCCUCCUUCGGCAUCCUGGAGAACAUUCUCAUCCUGGGGGUUGUGGGUUUCCGUGUCCGCCGUACCGUCAUCAGCGUGUGGAUCAUCAACCUGGCUGCCUCGGACCUCUUGGCCACGGCGUCACUCCCCUUCUUCACCAUCUUCCUGGCCCGCGGAGGCACCUGGACCCUGGGCACCACCUUCUGCAAACUCCACUCCUCCAUCUUCUUCCUCAACAUGUUCGUCAGCGCCUUCCUGCUUGCGGCCAUCUCUCUGGACCGCUGUCUGGUGGUUCACAAGCCUGUCUGGGUCCAUAACCGGAGGAACGUGCAGCUGGUUGGCAGGGUAUGUGGAAUCAUCUGGGCCCUGGCUGUGCUCUGUACGGUACCGUACUACCUGUUCCGGGAUACUAUUCAUCGGCAUGACGGGAGAGUCAUGUGUUACUAUAACUACGCUCAGUAUCUCCCAGUUAGGGAGUUUGACCUAAAAGAGCUGUGUGAGGCUCGCCAGGAUGCCCUGGCCUUCUCUAAGCUCCUCCUGGCCUUCAUUCUUCCCCUGGUGGUCAUUGUGUGGAGCUAUGUAUCAGUGACCAUUGGUAUCGCGCGGCGUGGCCGCAACCGGCACCCUUUCCGGUUCGUUAGACUAGUGGUAGCAGUGUUGAUGAGCUUUGUGGUCUGCUGGGCUCCAUACCACGUCUUCAGCAUCCUGGAGGCUGUAGCUCAGUAUCGACCCUCCCUCCGGGGCCUCGUGGCCAGCGGCCUGCCCCCCACCGCCAGCCUAGCCUUCCUCAACAGUGUGCUAAACCCCAUCCUCUAUGUGUUCAGCUGUCCGGACCUGUGCCAUAAGAUCAGACAGUCCCUUGCGGCAGUAAUGGAGAGCGUGCUGGCGGAGGACCUAGGGGAGUGGUCACGGCGACAAAGCACGCAGAGAUCUUCCAGCAGUACCUCAGAGCUGCUGCUGAGGGGGAGGAGGUCCCUCAACAAUGCCCCCAGCCUGAGAGGAAGAGACUUCAGGGCGGAGGAGGAGGCGGCACAGAAGACGAAGGAACCACACCCUGCUAACUGAGAAGGUGUUGUGUCAAUGACAGUUCCGAUGCCAAAGCCAGGUUCGCGUCUAGGUUCUGCAACAGUGGGAUACAUAAUGAUCCGUUUAUAAAUCAUUGUAUUUUGAAUCCGUGUUAUGUACAGCAUAGACACCAGAAGGAUUGAGGAAUAUAUCUUGUGUGUUUUGCAAUGGUUUCAGUAGUGUUAAACCAAAGGCUCAGCAAUGUGCUAGUAUGCUUUUAUAUUUGCUUUUUGCUUUUGUACGGUACCCAUUCCAAGUAGGCUCUGAUGCACCCCUUUUCAAUUGCAGACUUGCCUGCUAAUGUAAAUGGUGACCCACUGGUCUCGCUUUGGCAAGUCACUACUAGGGAAUUUCUGGACGCUCUUAGUUAUUGAUGGUAAAAGUCCACUGGGACAGACAUGCUUGACCCAAGUAUUCUACGACUUGCUGUACAUAUGAUUGUGGAACCCUUGACACAUAUCUUUUUAAUCUAUCCAUUCUCUUGGGUAUUAUUCCUAAGGUGUGGAAGGUGGCCCUUGAUCUCCCGCUCCACAAAGGUGGUGAUCCCUGCUAUCUUCGUAAUUAUCACACAAUCUCAAAACUUUCAUGUCUAGCGAAGAUAUUAGAAGUCUCUGUAAAUUCUCAGCUGCUCUCCUUUUUUAGAUGGAAAAUCUAUUCCGAAUGCGCACCAGUCAGGCUUUAGGCCAGGACAGAGCACCAUCUUGGCUGCUUUAUAUGGUUAACGCGCUAGGAAACAGGAAACGGCACCGCACUGCCCUUUAUAUUGAUCUGUUGAAAGCAUUCGAUCAUGCACUCCUGCUAUGGAGGCUAUCUGAAAUUUGUGUAGACCAACUCGCCUGUAGCUGGUUCAAAAAUGAUCUACACGACAGACGUAAAUGUACACUGAGUGUACAAAUCAUUAGGAACACCUUCCAAAUAUUGAUUUGCACGCUCUUUUGUCCUCAGAACAGCCUCAUUUCAUUGGGGGAUGGAUU